AUGCGGGACAGCUUUGCGCGAGGCGAUCCGUCUUGGGUGGCCCCUGAGCAUGAAGCCGGAUUGGGCGGUGGAUCGAGGUUGUUGGUGGAUCUGGACGAGGGACCGCGGAUGAGCAGCUCGUACAUUCAGCCUUGGGUUCCGCCGAGGCCUGUGGUUUGGCCACCGAGAAAAGAGGGCCAGCUAGGGAUGGAGAGUGCGCCGGGGCGUAUGGUGUUAGCGUGCUAUCCGGUUCAACAUCAAGUCCCUACUGCCACUGCUACACGAAUUGGUAAACCCAGCACUAGGAGCGAGUCCACUCUUCAGCCGAACGCAAUGGUGUCUCAGCGACCAGUCUCUUCGAGCCACAUAAGCACAUCACUUGCCAGCCCAUCCAUGAGCCUUCUUCCAACACCCUUCCAAGACGAACCUCCCAGCGAACGCACGCCAACGAGCCCACCUAGUCGAGCCACUCCGAUAUCAAGACAAGAGGCCCUGCUGACUCGAGCAGAGCCGUCUCGCAGACGCCAGCUACACGAUGAAGAGCAGGGCAGACACGAUGUCAUCCCGCCAUUGUAUAACGAAGCAUGGAAAACUGCGCGGUAA